UUCUAACCCUAGAACAGCCGCCUGAACUCCUCUCUCUCUCGGCUCGCACCCUCUCACCUCUCUCUCAUCUUCUCUUCUAGAAGAGACCGAAAAAAAACCUAAUCGAACAACACCGCCCUCUCCUUCUUCUCCCUCUCGCAUUCUUUCUCUCUAAACCGAGAAAUAGAAACGGACGAGCCCUCUCCUCUUCUACUCUAUUCGAUAUACCUCUCUCUCUCUCUCCUCAUUUCUGGAUGUGACGAAGGAAAUGAAGAAGGGCAUUUCCGGCAGCUAAUGGAGGCAUCCGGCGCCGGUGAUGACAACGACGAUGACGAGGGUGAAGUUAAAGCUCGAAACCGAGAUGGGAGGCCUGCAUUUCUAAUCGAAACCGCGCGGCAACAAUGGGAUCUUACCCUAAGUCUCUACCGAGGGAAGGAAAAGAGAAAUGGGAUCUACUGGCUGCGCGGCCCUCGCCAGAACCCGACGGCAGUGGGGUUUUGAUCUCUAAGAUUUGAAGGGGGCACUGAGUGAAAUUUUUCUAAACGUAGACUAGAUUCCUGGGUGUUAGAGGCCUAGGAUUUAGUUUCACCUAUUAAAAGUGGUGCGGGUCUGUUAAUAUGAACUUUCCUAUACUUGUGGCAUUAAUGGAUAUAUUGGAUUCGGGUAUGGGAAUCCUGAAGAUAUAAAAAACCAUAAAACAAAAUUUGUUUGCCAUUACCAAAUUUUGGUAAUUGGGUCAAAAAGAGGGUGCCCUUGAACAUGGCAAAAGGUAUUCUAAAAUACCUCCCAGGGUUGUACUUUUGGAUUCUAUUUUUUAUUUGAAUGGAUUGUUGGAUUAUCUUUACUAUGCUUUAUAUGGUUUAUGGCAGGACGCUAUUGGUAUGUUAAAGGACUAGUGAACUAACCUAGCUUAUUAGCGCACUAAGUUUUAGCUAGCAACUUAACAAGAGUUAUGCUUGCUAGAAAACUUAAAGCAAUUUAAGCUGAUUCGUAGUAUGUGGGUGAUAAAAAGGAAAGCUACCAAUCGUAACAUAUAAUGAAGGAAAAGAAUGGCGUAAAGAGGCAUACAUGUCACAAAAAUCAGAAUUUCAUAAUACCCACUUUAUAUACUCCCC